GUCUAGUGACAGCAACAACUGCCGCGCCAAGCAUCGAGAAAUUGCGGAAGCCCCGCUAUUAGGGGGCAGAGCCGAGCAGCGCAGAGCAACGGAGAGCAGAGCAGAGCGGAGGGCGGGAGAGACGGAGCGAGCAGGUACUAUGUGUGGCUCAAGGUCAAAGCCACUAGCUUAGCAUAAUAAGGCCCUCGAACAUUUGAUCCACUGGCACUGGUUCGUCGAUCGUGCGAGGCUGAACGCGCAGAGUGUCGAGUCGCCCUCAGGAUGAUCUUAACGCUCCGCGCCGCUAAUCCCUAACACUGCUAGAUUGAUUGCACCCUAUUCCUAGCUAGUAGACGCGCUUACAACAGACCCGCAGACUACAGCAUUAGCAACGGGCCGGUACUAGGCAGUGCCAGCGGUGCUACCAGGUAUUUCAGCGGUGCAGGUCGUGCCAGCUGGCAUGGAGACUGCGCCAUCCCGCGGAGCCAUGCCUCCCCCUCGCGCUCGCGCCGAUGCCACGCCUCUCCCUUCCUCCCCCCCCGCUCCCUCCGCUCCCCCCGCUGCUUCCGCGUCUUCCGCUCCUUCCUCUCCUUUCGAGGCGAUGCCUCCGCCUCCGGCGCGGCCCAAGGGGAAAGUGAAAGCGGAAGCGGGAAGGGCGGAAGGGGAGACUCCGGUGCUGAGGAGCGGAGAGGGGGAAAGCGGGGAAGGGGACACGCGGAAGGUUGUCCGCAGCAGAGGUGCGACUGAGGGGGAAAACCCCCGCGGAAGCGCAGCUGAGGGGGAAAGUACUGGCGGAAGCGGCGGAAAUUCUCAUGAGAUCAGGGGGGAACCGACAGAAGGUGGGAAGCCGGGCAGAGAAACGGAAGGGGCAGAUCCGCACUUAGCUAAACGUCUGGAAGCCAAGAGUUCAGCAGAUAAGAGUUUGGAGCCGGCAGACAAAGAAAUAGGAAUCGCUACCCCAAAUAUUACGGCAGCCAGGGAAGGGGAAGGUGGAGAUGAGAAGGCGGGGAAGGAAAGCAAGGGUGCUGCUAACAGUGGUGACAGUGGCGGUGGUGCUGCUAACGGUGGUGGCAAUGUUGCGGGUGACAGUAGUGGGGGUGAUGAUAGGGGAGGAGGCAGUAAGGGAUCGAGUGCAGGCAGAGGCAGCAGUGGUGGCAGCAGCAGCGGCAGCAGCGGCAGAGCGCCGUAUUCCAUCCCUGAUUGGGCGGCAGUUCCCAAGGUGCCGUUCCGAGUGGAGGUGGUGAAGGAGGGCGCCGUCGCUGAGGAGAUGGACGUGUCCGCCAAGAGCGCGUACAUGUUUGGCCGCAUUGACUGCUGCGACUUCAUGCUGCAGCAUCCCUCCAUCUCCAGAUACCAUGCUGUGAUCCAGUACGGGGAGGACAGCGCUGCUUUCGUAAUGGACCUCAACAGCACGCACAAGACGUUCGUCAACAAACAAGAGGUCAAGCCAGGAACUUAUGUCCCUCUGAGGGUUGGUGACGUCAUCAAGUUUGGCUUGUCCUCUCGCCUCUAUCUCUUCCAGGGCCCUCCAGACCUCAUGCCCGAGGAGGGCCCCUCUCGCGCUGAGCGCCGAGCGCAGCGGCAGCUGGCAGCUGAGAGACGGCAGGUGGCAGCAAGGGAGGCGGCAGAGAGGGAGCAGCGGCGGGCUGUGGCAGCAGGACGGGGGGAGGGCGAAGAGGAGGGCGGGGUGUCGUGGGGCAUGCGAGAAGAUGCUGAGGCGGAAGUGGAGGAGGAGGACGAGGAGGAGGUGACGUGGCAGACCCACAAGGGCGAGUUGACUGACAACCAGAGGAAGCUCAAAGAGAAGAUCAUGAAGCGGCUGGAGAAGGUGCAGCACAUGCAACGGGAGAUGGACGUGAUCGAGGCAAAGGAGGUGGGGCAGGGUGGGUUGACUGCGGGGCAGCAGACGCAGAUUGCCCGCAACAAGACGCGAAUCCAGCAGCUCAUGGAGGAGGUUGAGAGCAUGGAGGAGACUCUCAACGAGAGUAUUCAGGAGUCUGUUGGGGCGAAGAAGGGCGGCAGGAAGGGGAGGGCAGGGCGGCAGGAGGACGAGGAGGAUGAGGGUGACGACAGUGAUGAUGAGUUCUUCGACCGAGUGCAGUCGAACCGCCACCGCAGGCAAGCCAGGAUCGCCCUUGCAGGGGUGAAGAGCGCAGGCGAGGGGGCCGCAGGGGCUGUAGCGGGGGCCAAGGGGGGAGCGGCUGUGGUGACGGCAGCUGACCUGCUGGAGCAGAGGCACGUGCUGCAGGAGCGGUUGAGAGAGGUGGAGGAGGGUUUGGAGGAGGAGAGGAGGAAGGAGGGGGAGGGGAGGGGGGAGGGGGAAGGGAAGGGCGGAGGAGAGGGUGAGGGGGAUGGGGUGGCGUUGGACCCUUUGGAUGCUUUCAUGUCUGCAGUGAACACAAAGAUAGAAAAGGACAAGACAGGGACGCUGACAAGGGAAGCCGCCCGGUUGUCAGGCGAGCUGGCACGAGUGGCGGCGCUGCUACAGCUGGCGGACCCAUCAGGAGAGGCAGAGGCCAAGUGGACCCCACCCAGUGAUAAGGGGAAGGGCGGAGGAAGGAAGAAGCAAAAAGCGGCAACCACUCUGCCUGCUGCUCCUACUGCUGCUCCUAUUGCUGUUCCUGGUGCUGCUGACAAGGACUCGGCAGGAAAGGGCGAGGGAUCGAAGGUCAAGGGUGGGGUGCCGGAUGCGGAGGUUGGGGAGGGUGAAAGUAAAGCUGGGUUGCGGGACAGUGAAGGCGAAACGAGGGGCACUGAAGGGAGCGCUGCAGCAGCAAGAGGCAGUACUGCCGAGGGGGCAGGAACAGCAGCUGCGGGCAUUGAAGGAAGGGGCAGGCUAAAGGGAGGUGUGACUGCAGAGGGGGGAGGAGGGGGGAAUGCAGAGGGAGAGGGACGGGAAGGAAUACAGGAAGCACGGGUGGGGAGUGUGGAGAGCACAGGGGGAGAGGAGGUAGGGGGAGCAUGGAGGCAAGAUACUGCAGGGGAGAGUGUGGGCGGAGGGAAGAGGAGAGGAGGUGGGGAUACUGGGUCGGCUCAAGGUCGGAGCAAGACGGAUGCUGCUGAUGGCGGCAAGGGCAAUGGCACUGGAGGUAACAGUGGUGGUGGUGGUGAUGGUGAUGGUGAUGGCAGUGGUGGUGGCGGUGGUGGUAGCAAUGUUGCUGCUGGGAGUGGCAGUGGGGGAGGAGAGGUGAAGCGGCGGAGGGUGUUGGGACCGGCACGGCCGAAGUUUCUGGAGGAGGCAGCAGCAGAGAUGGAGCAAGGCACAGAGGCGUGGAUGCCCCCGCAAGGUCAAAGCGGGGAUGGGCGCACACUACUCAACAAGAAGCUUGGAUAUUGAAAUUGAAGUCAAUGCUACUUUGGAUUCGGCCCAAAAGCUUUUGAUUUGACUCAAAAGCAGGGAUGGGUGCACAGAACUCAACAAGAAGCUCGAUAUUGAAUCUUGUACCGUACUUACUAGUGGGUGCAUGUGCGUGUGGGAGAGUGAUCAAUAAAUGUAAUUUUUUGAA